UUUAUCUUCAGUCAAGUAUUCUGCUUUGUAUUCGCAUUAUCCGGAUCCGCCGUUCUGUUGGACUACAGCACCCAGGAUUCCAGCAUCCAGCCGAAGAUCAGGGAGUCGAUGAGACUGCUGAUCAUGAACUCCCACCACGAGGAAUCCAAGCAGACCCUGUCCAUAAUCCAGGAAAACAUCGGAUGUUGCGGCGCCGACGGAGCCAACGAUUACAUUAAGCUUCAUCAGCCCAUUCCCAACACCUGCAGAGACACCGUCACCGGAAAUCCAUUCUUCCAUGGUUGUACCGACGAGUUAACUUGGUUCUUUGAGGAGAAGACUAUCUGGAUCACCGGAUUAGCCAUGACCAUCUGUUUCAUGCAUGUUGUCAACGUGGCGAUGGCAGUUAUAUUAAUGCAAGCUCUUAGGAAAGAGAAGGAGGCAUCUGAUCCAAGGAAUAUGUAACCCACAUAUAAACACCUAAACGUACUGUAGUUUGGUUAAAAAAAAAUGUUAUAAAAUAUAUAACUAUAGUUCUUUUUCUACUUAUAAAUUAUUUACUUGC